AUGUAUGCUGGAGACAAUAAGCCCGAAGCUGAGCUUUUGAAAGACAGAUUUAUUCAGGAGAUUGAGCAUGCUCUGGGACUUGGCCCAGCCAAACAGUGUCCUCUUCGAGAGUUUCUCACCAUGUACAUCAAAAACAUCUUCCUUAAUCAGGUCUUGGCUGAGAUCAACAAGGAGAUUGAAGGAGUCACCAAAACAUCUGACCCCUUGAAGAUCCUCGCUAAUGCAGACACUAUGAAGGUGCUGGGGGUACAGCGGCCUCUCCUACAGAGCACGAUCAUUGUGGAGAAAACAGUGCAAGACCUCAUGAACCUGAUGCAUGACCUGAGUGCAUAUUCAGAUCAGUUCCUCAACAUGGUGUGUGUGAAGCUCCAGGAGUACAAGGACACCUGCACUACAGCCUACAGGGGCAUUGUCCAGUCAGAGGAAAAACUUGUCAUCAGUGCAUCUUGGGCAAAAGAUGAUGAUAUCAGCAGACUCUUGAAAUCUCUACCUAACUGGAUUAAUAUGGCCCAACCCAAACAGCUGAGGCCAAAGAGAGAAGAGGAGGAAGAUUUCAUAAGGGCAGCCUUUGGCAAGGAGUCUGAAGUUCUUAUUGGGAACCUGGGUGACAAAUUAAUCCCUCCACAAGACAUCCUUCGUGAUGUCAGUGACCUCAAAGCUUUGGCCAACAUGCAUGAAAGCCUGGAAUGGCUGGCAGGCCGAACAAAGUCAGCUUUCUCCAGUCUUUCUACAUCUCAGA